AUGUUCGACUCAAAUGCUUCUCUCUCAGUUAAAGGAUUAGUUGCAAGAUGGUUGACGAUAAGAGAUAGUUAUGCCUGGCUUUACUAUGGAACUAACGUUUUCAGGAUUAUUUGGAAAGCCAGGAACCGACUGAUUAUUGGUAAGAAAUCAAUUAUUGUUCAUCAGAUUCCUCAAGAUGCUCGGUUGUUAUUUACUGCCUAUUCUAAACUUGAAGCAGCUCAGCAUUUGCAACCUGAAAAUAGUUUACUUAAUAGUCCUCAUUGGAGUCCACCUGAACCUGGGGUAAAGAUGUUUAGGCCAAGUAGUGGUGAUUCAUUUGUUGGCAAAGGUUUCAGAAAUUGGAGGAAGAAAACCAGGUUGCACAACCAUAAUGGGAAACGCAACAGUGCACACAACAUUUCUUUGAAGAACUGUGUGGCGUUACUUAACCAGAAGCAACACAUCAAUUCAGUUAUAUUUAAAAAGUCGGAGGAGACUAAAAGGGAGUAUAGGAAAAGGUUAAGAGCUUCAAUUAAUUGUUCUCGGUUUCUUUUGCGGCAAGGACUUGCAUUCCGUGGCCAUGAUGAAGAUGAAGAUGAAGAGUCGCAUAACAGAGGAAACUUUAUAGAGCUCUUACAGUGGUUGGCAGAUAAUAAUGAGGAAAUUAGAGUUGAUGUACUAGAUAAUGCUCCAGGGAAUCAAAAGCUGAUAGCACCAGAUAUUCAGAAAGAUAUAACCAAGUGUUUUUCUUCUGAAAUCCUAAGUCAAAUUGUUAAAGAAAUCGGUGAUGGACCAUUUUCUAUCCUCUUAGAUGAAUCUAAAGAUAUAUCUUCGAAGGAGCAGGUGGCUAUAGUCUUGCGAUAUGUGCACAAAGACCAAGUAAUCGAGCGUUUCUUAGGAAUCGAACAUGUCAACAGUACGACUGUCGUUUCACUUAAAGCUACUGUCGAUGAUUUCUUUUCUCGGCAUGGAUUGAGUAUUUCCAGAUUGCGAGGGCAAGGUUAUGAUGGGGAAAGCAAUAUGAAAGGUGAGUAUAAUGGUCUUAAGCUAGCUGUUGUGGUUGUUGCAAAAAAACAUACAUAUGUUGAACACCUUUAUGUCAUAAUGAGUAACUUGGUGAAUGUGGUGGCUGGAUCAGCCAAACAUCAAGAUAUGCUUCGUUCCAAGCAAGCUGAUGCAGUCUUUAAGGCACUGUGUAGUGGUGAUAUUGUAAGUGGGCGAGGCCUUAAUCAAGAAAGGACUCUUAAAAGAGUAAAUGAUACACGUUGGGGUUCGCAUCACAGUACAAUAGUAAGCUUAAUUAACACAUCCUCAUCUAUUGUAACACUUUUGGAAGACUUAGUUGUAGAUUCUGAUAAGAAGUUUGAAGCCAAGGUUCUCCUAGAUGCUUUGCAGAAUUUCAAUUUUAUUUUCAGCUUACACUUGAUGAGAACUAUUCUGGGAAUUACCAACGAUUUUUCAAAAGCAUUGCAGAGAAAAGAUCAAGACAUUGUCAAUGCCAUGAAAUUAAUUACAGCACCGCAUCAAAAUUCUGAUAUGAACGAUGUGUUCCAACGUGAAGGUCGACCCAGGCGUAAUGUUGAAGAGGUAACUAAUUCAUACCAUUAUCGAGCUGAAUAUUUCAAUACAGUCAUAAAUAUGCAACUGUUGGAACUAAACAAUCGUUUCAACGAGACGAACACUGAAUUACUUCUUUCUGUCGCAUGCUUAAGUCCAAUUGACUCAUUCUCUGCAUUUGACAAAGACAAACUGAUUCGUUUUUCUCGGUUUUACCCAAGAUAUUUUUCUCCUACUCAGCUUGUGUUACUUGAAGACCAACUACUAAAUUAUAUUGCUGAUGUACGGUCUAGCAAUGAGUUUUUAGAUUUGAAAGGAAUUGCUGAUCUUCCAGUCAAAAUGGUGGAGACAAAAAAGGAUAUAGUGUACCCUUUGAUUUACUUGCUUCUCACACUAGAAUUACUCCUACCAGUUGCUACUACCACCAUAGAAAGGGUAUUUUCUGUCAUAAAAGUUGUGAAAAAUCGUUUGCUUAAUAGAAUGGGAGACGAAUGGAUGAAUGAUAUUUUGAUAUGA